AUGAAAUUGAACAGAUUCAGCAGCAAAAUCAAUGUUGGUAAAAUCGUGCAAAACACGGAUGAAAUGGUGGCGACGGAGGAAACAACCGUGCCCGGUCAGAUUGAAACGCCCGGCACUUUUGGCAAACUUCGUCAGACACUAUCUUCUUCACUCCUUACGGCACAAGAUAAAGUAACGAAGCUAGGGCCACGGGCGGGCGUGACAGAGGUAGUAGUGGAACCUGCGCCCGCACCGCCACCUGCACAGCCUCCGCCGGCAGCCACUCCCGCCAAGACUGAACGUGAGGCUGGCAAAGCGCCUUCUCGCGCAGGUGCUUGCCGCGUAUGUCUAAAAGCCCUAAAGCCGGGAGAGGUGUUUCACAUAUGCAACGGCUGUCAGCACCGUGUAUGCGAGGAUUGCUCAUCCUAUUCCAAACCUGCUAGCGACGAAGAGGUAAGUUCAUGGCGGUGCUCCGUGUGUCGUCGUAAAGCAGGGCCAAGGGUGCCGCCCGCAGCUCAGGACAGCACAGACUCCCUCCUGGAUGUACCAGUGCUUGAGGCGCUACAACGCCGACACUCUGAAGCAAGGCUUGGCAGUGGCGGUUCCAGCACUGCCCUUGCCCCGCCCAGAUCUCCAGAAUUGCGUCGACACUCUGAUGUUUCGCCUGCGUCAUUAAAGGAAUUAGAGAAGUUAAAGGGCGGCGGCAGCGUGACGCCAAACACGGAGUCACGGCGGCCUAGUACAGUGAGUCCGGCUCGCCGGCGCUCCGUGCGUGCACCAGCACCCAGGCAACGCUCCGUUGACGAGGACCAACACCCACCUUCGCAUUCACCAGCUCUUGGUGCACCGCCACCUAUGUCAAGAAGGGCUUCUGCGGUUGACGUGGUAGCGGGCGGUGGAUCUAGACGCAGUUCCUAUAGGGCAGACACCGAUUCAGUGGAAAUAAGCUCGACACCUCAAAUUAGUGGCCUAAGCGUCGAUGAAGAUCGACCGAUUAGACGAAGAGGUAGUCAACUUCCGGACAUUGCCGCGUUACAGCAAAGAACUGGAGCUCUGAAUGCGCUUGCAUUACGAGGCUCCGAAUCAUCAGAACCUUCAGCGGCAUCCAUUGCAGCUGCCGCGGCCGCAGCUGCUGCAGCGAGACAAAUGUCCGUUGAUGCUGAAGCCAUCAAAAUAGUCAUACAUGAUGUUGACGAUCGUUCACCCCGACGUGUAACCUUACGACGAGACCCUAAUGAUAAAGGGCAUAGGUCGCGAGGUUUCGGCAUGCGUGUCGUGGGUGGUAAGCCUGACGCGAGCGGACGUCGUGAGGCAGUUAUUGUAUGGACGGUGCCUGGUGGACCGGCCGACCUUGUAGGAUUACAACAGGGAGAUAAGGUACUGGAAUGGGGUGGAGUCCCGCUAACAGAGCGAAGUUUUGAAGAAGUAUGCGCUGUGCUAGAACGAGGUGGAGACGUCGUUGACCUAUUGGUAGAACCCGCACCACAGCUUGACGAUCCGCCUGCACCGCCCGCAAUGGCGCAACACCAUCACCAUGGCCUAUAUGAACCGGAUACGGACAAAUCGCCGUCAUCACCGACCCGAAGGAAAUUGCCGAAAACCCCGGAACAAGACCGUGCAGAGCGAGUUCGCGAGCGUCCACCGGCACGUGCGCAGUUACAAGUUUGGUUCGAGAUGGAACUUCGUAAACUAGUUGUUGUGCUCAUCGCAGCGGAUGAUCUGCCUCCUCGAGAUCAUACACUGGGCUAUGGGGAUGAGCCUGAAGCAUUUGCAAGAAUACGUCUCUUACCAUCACUCGAAACUUGCCCACCUGUUGAAACAGAUCCUGCAUCAGCGUCAUGUAGCCCAGUAUGGAACGCCACACUUGGGUUCGGCGGACUCACAGCAGAUUUACUGGCGGGCCGAGCACUCGAGCUUACAUUGUGGGACGCCUGCCCUGGCAUUGAUCCUGUACUCAUCGGUGAAUGUACCAUGGAAUUGGAGAAAGCGUUUGCAGAAGAACGAGCGGUCUGGUGGACGCUGGAGGAGCGUGGAACUCGUUCUGCAAAUGCUUCACCUCGCGGCUCUUUAACUGGUGGCCGAGCUUUAAGACGAGGAGAUUUUGCUUCACAACGUUCUAUUUCAGAUGACAUGGACUCAAUCGGCGAGUGUGCUUCGCUUCUGCAUCCAGAUCACGCUUGGGUAGCGGGCUCUCGACGUGGCUCUUCACAAUCCGAAACAUUGGAAGUCGAAGUUUAUCAGUUAGGCAAGGACUUCUCUCGAUCACUGCCAGGCUCAAGGCGGUCUUCGUUUCAACAACAAGAAAAAGAUGGUGCCGUCGACCCCGCCGUGUGCUCACGACGAGAGCGGCGACGUUCGUCGUGCGUGCGGCGUGAUCCGGACGACAUUUUGCGCUCACUACGCGCCGUCAAAGGCGAACUCGGGCGCACCCUGUCGCUUUCGGGUUCUACCGCCAGGCGCACCGCUACGGGGCGCAAGGGCAGCAUGUGGGCGGCGGUGCCGGCGGCAGCGGCGUGCGACGCGGUCGCGGACGACGACGACGUGCCUCUGGGGCCUGGCCAGCUGCCGCCGCGCAACGCGCACCUGCCGCCGUUGCACGCGGAGAUCAACAUCAGCAUCAUCAUGAUCAAGGGACAACUCGAACUUGAGGUUUCUCAUGCUCGACGGGUUUACGGCGUGAACGGUGAGGUGCCGGAUUCGUACGUGAAGUGCUACCUGCGAGACGGCGACAAAUGGUUGCACAAGCGCAAGACCAGGGUGAUACGCCGCACCACAGAGCCUCAUUUCAAGCAAACGCUUAAAUACUUGGCAAGCGAAGCUCUGGGGCGUACACUGGUAGUUAUGCUGUGGCAGCGCUGCGGAGGUUUCGAGCACAACCUGGCGCUCGGCGGUGUCGAAAUAUGCCUCGACAAGCUGACCCUACCGCAGCGCACGUACGGAUGGUACCCGCUGUUCCCGGCCACGUCUCUCGCCGCCGACGAGUCGCCCGAUUGAUCCAGGGAGCCGUCGCCGGAGCGCCAUGACUACUAGCGCACCCCCGACGGCUCAAAAUUUGUCCCUUGCAAGACCCCGAUAACGUUUGACAUGCCUGUGCUCUUAUAACAUUCAGCUCGUGCCCUUAGUAUAUGAUCGCAUACCUCACAAGCGUAAAUGGUUAACGACUAUCGAGUAUAACAUGAGAGUAUAAAGAUCCAAAUUCGAUAUAUUAUCUAUCUUCACCGAACCAAGUCAAAAGUACUUAAAUGACAUAACUUUUGAACAAAAUAAAAAUGCAAACACAAUAGAACAAGUUAAGUAAGAAGCCCAAUUUGGCGGCCUUUCAAAGCGAUCUUUUUCAUGCAAACUAAAAAAUUUCCUUCAACAUAUGGUGAAAGGAAAAUCUGCAGCAAUGUCAUCUGAAAUACAAAACUGUAAAAAACACGGUUAUAUUAGAGAGCCGAGGAAAAUUUAUCGGCCCUCCCAUAUUUACGUGUAGGGAUUUAUUAAAACGAAACUACAACUUUGUACAAACGAGGAGGCACAUCGUGGGGAACUCAUUAGUUAGAGAAAAUUGAUCAUCGCCAAGGGUUCACUCUGUCAAUAGUGAACGACUAAGGAGGAUCCUCCUUACAAUAACAGU